GCCAAGGACAGCGAUGAUGAUGAUGAUGUCACUGUCACCGUGGACCGGGACGGCUUCAUGGAUGAGUUCUUUGAACAGGUGGAGGAGAUCCGCGGCUUCAUUGACAAGAUCUCGGAGAACGUGGAGGAGGUGAAACGGAAGCACAGCGCCAUCCUGGCCUCCCCCAACCCUGACGAGAAGACGAAGGAAGAGCUGGAGGAGCUCAUGUCUGACAUAAAGAAGACCGCAAACAAAGUUCGCUCCAAGUUGAAGAGCAUCGAGCAAAGCAUCGAGCAGGAGGAAGGCCUCAACCGCUCCUCCGCGGACCUGAGGAUCCGAAAGACACAGCACUCCACGCUGUCCCGCAAGUUUGUGGAGGUCAUGUCUGAGUACAAUGCCACACAGUCUGACUACCGUGAGCGCUGCAAGGGCCGCAUCCAAAGGCAGCUGGAGAUCACUGGCCGGACCACGACCAGUGAGGAGCUAGAGGACAUGCUGGAGAGUGGAAACCCCGCCAUCUUUGCUUCUGGGAUCAUCAUGGACUCCAGCAUCUCAAAGCAGGCUCUGAGUGAGAUCGAGACGCGGCACAGCGAGAUCAUCAAGCUGGAGAACAGCAUCCGUGAGCUGCACGACAUGUUCAUGGACAUGGCCAUGCUCGUGGAGAGCCAGGGGGAGAUGAUUGACAGGAUUGAGUACAACGUGGAACAUUCGGUGGACUAUGUGGAGAGGGCCGUGUCUGACACCAAGAAGGCCGUCAAAUACCAGAGCAAGGCGCGCCGGAAGAAGAUCAUGAUCAUCGUCUGCUGUGUGGUCCUGGGCGUUGUCAUCGCCUCCACGUUUGGAGGCAUCUUCGGAUAGAAGCCACCCCAGCUACCACUCCACUCGGGACGGUCUGCCCUCAGGAGGCCCCCUGGCUGCUGCUGCCUUCCGGCUCGGAGCCCCUCCCUUCCCACGCGGUACCGCUCCUUUCUCCGCCGUAGGGCCCUCCACACCCACCCUGCCCUGAGCCGUUGUGUGCAUGAUCUCUGUGACCGUGUGUGUCUGUACCGAGGAGCCAGCGGGGUGGGGCAGGUCAGCAAGGAACAGACUCAGGCCCUGGCCCUUCCCAGGUAGCGCUGCCCCGGGUAGCCACCCUCCCCUACCCCCACCUCCCAUAAUUCCACUCCAGCCUGGGGUCUGCCCUCUCCCGGGACCAGGGCUCUCUCUGGACCCCAACCUUGCCUCCUCCUGACUGGCCCAUCCACCCUGACCUCUGUCCUCUCCAGCUGUCCCCCUAAGCCGAGCCCCUGAAGGGGUGGGGACCAGCUGGCCACAUGGUGCUGCUUUUCAGGUUAGGGGAGGGGUGGCCCUGAGAGACAGCCCAGCUCUAAGCCUCUAACAGCUGAUCACUGCCAGGGAGGCUCAGUGUGCUGUGGCCAGGUGGCUUCUGGCUGUGUCAAGACCAGGCUCCCUUCCCUGCCUAGGGGCAGAGUCCAGUAGGUCUUGGCUGCCUCAUCCUCCCUUCCCACACAUACCUACAGCCCCAGGAGCAACCCCUCUGGGUUAUGCUUGACCCCAGGUAACAUUCUACAAGAGGCCGUCUGGCACCUGCUUUCCAGCCACCCUGCAAGCUAGGGGUGCAGAUCAGGCCGUCGGGCCUCUGCCAUAGCCGAAGCCCACACCCUGGGCCCGCCACCCUCCCCGGCAGGCCUCAGUCAGGUUCUCAAGCCAUCGCGUGUUGCAUGUUUGGGACAGUGGUCCCUGCUCUCUUGUGCUCUGGGAAGUCAGACACCACUUCAGGCCUGCAAUCGCGUCCUGCCCUUGCUGUCCCCCACUGAUGUGCCGCGUGGGUGUCUGGUAUCUGGGAUGCAGUAUUCAGCAGCCAGCCAGGGAGGAGUCCCUCCCUCCUUCCCAUCUCGGGACUUCUCAAGUCAGAAACAUGCCCCCACCCAAGACCCCUCUUCCUCGUUGACAGGCUAGGAGUGUGCAUGCGAGUGCAUGCAGUAGGGGAUGGGGCCACGUCUGUGCCCCGCCUUCCCUCAGCUCUGCUCCUGCCCAGUGACUGUGACCACUGUCCGUGUUGCCUUCUUUAACAGCGACUUCCCUACCCCCUUCACCCCUUCACCAAAGGUCUUGGUACAGCCAGCUGCCCAUUUUGUGAAAUUUUUAUGUAGAAUAAACAUUUGUAUCUGUA